AUGGUAAGAAGACUGCUUUGUCUGCCGCAGGACAUGGACGACCGAUUGCUCACCUUAGGCUUGCUUUUUCGGGACCCACAUUCGCCACCAUCAUCUGUACCUAUGCCCCUCCCCCUACACCCAAUCACGAACUCUGAUCAGGCGAAGAACAUCUUCUACAUGGACCUGCACGCCCUUCUGGCUUCUGUGUCAAAGAUGGGAAAAUGGGUUAGCCUUGCCGACUUCAACGCCCGCGUCGAAAUAGACCAUACUGUGUUGGAGGUAUUGCUGCGUCCCCAUUGUCUCGGCGGCUGUAACUAG